AUGAACUGGUUUUCGUUCUUUCUGCUAAUUAUACUUUUUCAAGAAGGAUUCUGCUGUUUGAAGAUAAGACCGACGGUCCAAUGCACCUGUCCCGAUUUUCAGGGGUUAGUGCUUCCUGGAGGGAACCCAUCUAUCAUUGAUGAAGGUGGAUGUGAUAGAAAGAUGAUAUGUGGUAAACAUUUCUACACUUCUGUAUUAUUUAAAUUCAAUGAAACUGAAAUCGCUCGUCCCAACGAUGUUGAAGUUUAUGCGGAUCAUUGGUUACGUUCCACACUUGAUUUGGGACAGAACCUCGAGAGUGGACCAGCUAUCGAUUUUUUUGAUUACUUUGGAAUCAUUUGUGAGAAUAGUACGUGGUAUGCAACAAAGGCGCCUCUUGGAUUCGAGUACACCAGUAUUGAGGGAAAGUGGAAAGGAAGUGGAAACGGAGGAGAGUUGGAGGGCAAAAAAACAAAAGUUGAUUCGUUUUCCUGCCACCCUCCCGGUUCUGCUCAAUGCACCUGCCCUGAUAUUCGAGAGUUGGUAGAUCCACGAGACGAAACUACAGUGACAAGCAUGGAUAUUGGUCUUGUCCCAAUCACCAUGAAAGAUGGUUGUGUUACAUCAAUCACGUGUGGCACUCAUGUUUGGACUUGGAUCAGAACAUAUUACAAUGAGUCUGAAAUUACUCCUCCAGAUGAUAUAGACGUUGAACCUUUUUAUGCUAAUAUCGAUGCAGUCGCAACCGGUAAAUGGAACGAUCCACCAGGCUAUUCUAUCGAUAUGUUUUCGUAUUUUGGACUGAUUUGUGAAAAUAAUGAGUGGUAUGCGACAAAAUACCCAGUGGGAAUUCAGUACUUCGCGAUAGACGAUAUAAAACGAUUUGGAGAAAAUGGAGAAUUAGAUGGGAAGAAAUCCAAAGUGAAGAAGAUAUUUUGUAUGCUCCCUGGAGAUGCUCCCACUCUUCCUCCUGUAACUACUCCUGCAGUCGAAAACACUCCUCCACAACCACAAUGCACCUGUCCGGACUUUCGGGAGUUAAUGUAUCCCGAUUUGCGUCUUGGAGGAGACAACGUAUCGAUCAUUGAUGAGGGUGGAUGUGACAGAAAGAUAAUAUGCGGUAAUCAUAUCUCAACUGCUGUAUUAUUUCGUUUCAAUGAAACUGAAAUCUCUCCUCCCAGCAAUAUUUAUAGUGGUCUCAAUGAAAAUGACCAAUGGUUACGCACCAUAACUACUAUAAAUUUCUCCGCCAAGCCAGGUCCAGCUAUUGAUUUUUUUGAUUACUUUGGAAUUAUUUGUGAAAACAAUAUAUGGUAUGCGACAAAGGCCCCACUUGGAUUUCAGUACAACACAAUUGAGGGAAACCGUGAAGGAAGUGGAAACGCAGGAGAGUUGGAAGGCAAAAAAACAAAAAUUGAUUUGUUUUACUGCCUCCCUCCUACUCUGCCCGCAUGCACCUGCCCAGAUAUUCGGGAAUUGGUAGAUCCACGAGACGAAACUACAGUGACAAGCAUGGCUAUUGAUACUGUCCCAUUCACCAUGAAAGAUGGUUGUGUUACAUCAAUCACGUGUGGCACUCAUGUUUGGACUUGGAUUAGAACAUAUUACAAUGAGUCUGAAAUUACCCCUCCUGAUGAUAUAUAUGAAUACGAUGCAUCUGAUUAUGUUAAUAUCGAUGCAGUUGCAACCGGUAAAUGGAACGACCCACCAGGCUAUUCUAUCGAUAUGUUUUCGUAUUUUGGAUUGAUUUGUGAAAAUAAUGAGUGGUAUGCGACAAAAUACCCUGUGGGAAUUGAGUACUUCGCGAUAGACGGUAUAAAACGAUUUGGAGAAAAUGGAGAAUUAGAUGGGAAGAAAUCCAAAGUGAAGAAGAUAUUUUGUAUGCUCCCUGGAGAAGCCCCCACUCUUCCUCCUGUAACUACUCCUGUUGCCGGAAACCUUUGUGACAAGUGCGAAAUACAACCAAUUCUGGUAAAUCCUGAGAACGGCAUGGAUUUGAAACCCAGUUCUCUAACGGAGAUCGGACAGGACGGAUGUGUACUGACUUAUCUCAGAUGUACAAUAGAAAACACCAUCUGUAUCUCUAUGCAAGUUUAUGCGAAAACUGCAACUGAGACUGUUGCUAUUGGCAAUGAUGAUACUAUCGUUUCCGAUGCGACUAUUACCUGCCAACCGAAUGGGAAAUAUGGAUUUGGCACAACAAAAGAUAUUGAAUCAGUUUAUUGUGUUUACGAGGGAUGCAUGUAA